UCAAAGCUUAGUAAGAAAAUAUCAUUACAGAGGGAUAAUAAUCAUGAAACUCUUAGAAAAAAUGAUAUAUGUAGAAUUUUUGAUGAUAAUAAUGGCGGUGUGGGUCGUACCCAUGAGUUACGGUCAUGGAGCGAUGAUUCAUGAUGCAGCCGAAGCACCCGAUGUAGCUGAAGCACCCGGGAUUAAUGGCCCAAGCAAGACACUCGACACUAAUUGGUAUGACGCACGGGCCACAUUCUACGGUGACAUCCAUGGUGGAGAAACUCAACAGGGAGCUUGUGGAUACGGUAAUCUGUUUAGACAAGGCUAUGGUCUAGCCACAGCAGCGUUAAGCACGGCACUCUUCAACGACGGGUACACAUGUGGCGCUUGUUACGAAAUCAUGUGCGCGCGUGAUCCACAAUGGUGUUUACCCGGAUCUAUCAAGAUUACAGCAACAAAUUUCUGUCCACCAAAUUACACCAAAACCGUUGAUGUUUGGUGCAACCCACCACAAAAGCACUUUGAUCUCUCUCUACCGAUGUUUCUCAAGAUCGCCAAGUUCAAGGCCGGGGUUGUCCCAGUCAGAUACAGACGUGUUCUUUGUGCAAAAACUGGUGGAGUCAAGUUUGAAACCAAAGGAAACCCUUAUUUCUUAAUGGUCUUGCUAUACAAUGUAGGAGGAGCUGGAGAUGUUAAGUUCGUGCAAGUUAAAGGAAACAAGACCGGGUGGAUAACAAUGAAAAAGAACUGGGGGCAGAAUUGGACCACUGAUACAGUAUUGACCGGCCAAGGUUUAUCGUUUAGGGUUACGACGAGUGAUGGGGUUACAAAAGAUUUUAUUAAUCUGAUGCCAAAAAAUUGGGGAUUUGGACAGACUUUUGUUGGAAAGAUUAACUUUUAGGAGAAUGAUUUGAGUUUUGUGAGCCGUGUCUUACACAUAUAAGUGAUGUUUUAUGUUCAAUGAUUAAAAAUAAAGAGAUAUUGUUUACCGAUGAAAAAAAUAGUUGUAUCUCCAAUCUAUAUAUUUGGCCAAGUAACUUCUGGGCUUAGGCCUGGACGAGUCACAUAAUGGAGAGUAUCUAACAAGUCACCUCAUCCUGGGACUGUUGGAGGACCAAAGACACCCGAAAUACUUGAGUUAUUGAAAAAUAAAAAAUUGACUACAAAACAUUCAAAUGCUAUUUCAUGUUAUUAAUAAUUUAUGUUCAUUUACUAAACUGUGCACAUUUGAAAAGAUUUAUAUAAUUAGCAUAAUAAUUUUCAUUUCGCUAUCUAUGUUAUAUGGAUUUACAUUUUCGAUUUCUCAUUGAUAUCAGUCAUCAAUCAAAAUUCACUAAGAAAAUAA